AUGUCAGUUCUCGGGAGGCGUGGAGCACUCGAGCUCAGGGCUCUGACUACAAACUCAAAGACAUCACCAACUGCUAUACGAUCAUUCUCCGUUCUAAACCGACCAGCACCAAAUUACCCGGGCCAUGUCCCCUUGACCACUAUUGAACGCGGGGCCCUCGCAAUAGGAUCAGCGCUUGGAUCACUGGUCAAUCCUAGACGGGCUGAUCUCAUUGCGGCACUUGGCGAAGCCACUGCAACACCAUUCUUCAUAUACCGACUACGCGAUGCCAUGCUCUCAGACCCAACAGGGCGCCGCAUUCUCCGCGACCGUCCCCGCAUCACCUCCGAAACUCUUAAGAUGACCCAUCUCCGCACGCUGCCUGAGAACUCCGUUGGCCGAACAUACGCGAAAUGGCUUGACCGCGAGGGAGUCUCUCCGGACACUCGAGACAACGUCCAAUACAUUGACAACGAAGAGUGCGCAUAUGUCAUGCAGCGGUACCGCGAGUGCCAUGACUUCUACCACGCAGUGACGGGACUGCCGAUCUUCGUCGAGGGCGAGCUGGCUCUGAAGGCGCUGGAGUUCUUGAACACACUUCUGCCCAUGACGGGAUUGAGUCUUUUUGCCUUUGUACGGAUGAAGCCUGCUGAGAAGGAGCGAUUCCUCUCGUUGCAUCUUCCAUGGGCUAUUCGCAGUGGACUAAGAAGCAAUGAACUUAUCAAUGUGUAUUGGGAAGAGGUCCUGGAGAAGGAUGUGGAUGAGCUUAGGGCCGAGCUGAAUAUUGAGCGUCCGCCAGAUCUCCGAGAUAUUCGGAAGAUGAUUCGACAGCAGCAAAAGCGGGAGAAGGAACAGCGAGAGCAAGCUUCUGGUUGA